AUGCCCAAGCCUAAGGUCAGGGAGGAGAAGGAGAAUGUGACCCUGUCGCUGGGGCCCAAGGUGGCCGAGGGCGAGAUCGUGUUCGGCGUGGCCCACAUCUUCGCCAGCUACAACGACACCUUCGUGCACGUGACCGACCUGUCGGGAAAGGAGACCAUCUGCCGGGUGACGGGCGGCAUGAAGGUCAAGGCCGACAGGGACGAAUCGUCCCCCUACGCCGCCAUGCUGGCGGCGCAGGACGUGGCGGCUAGAUGCAAGGAGCUGAACAUCAAUGCUCUCCACAUCAAGUUGCGAGCAACAGGUGGCAACAAGACCAAGAACCCUGGUCCUGGUGCUCAGUCAGCAUUGAGGGCGCUGGCACGUUCGGGGAUGAAGAUUGGGCGGAUAGAGGAUGUGACGCCCAUCCCAACCGACAGCACCCGCCGAAAGGGUGGCCGCCGCGGACGCAGAUUGUAA